CAGAAAUGAAGGGACUUGGGGAAAAGUUUAGGAGGAUUCAGGAGCAUCUACAACUCAGACAGCAGAGCCACCCUCAGGAGGCUGCAACCCUGAGGCCCCAGGGGCCUGUAGGGCAACCUGCUUUUCUGUAGCGUGGGGUGUCUGAAUGCCUGGACCAUAGUAGAGGCUGCGCUCCAAACCGUAUGCACACUUGAGCACUCACAGAGCACAGUCAUAUUUACAUCUAUGCUAUCUCUUCCUUCUGUCCUUUUUGACUCAACUCAAAGGGACUGAGGUUGAUACCUGUCCAUGUCCAUGCUGGUGAGAGACCCUGUCCUUCCUGAGCAGGUUGGGAAAAGUCUCUUGGACAGGCUGGGAAGGGGAAGAGCCCCCGCCUCUGAUUACUUGUUCUGUACUGGAUGCUUUACUUGGACCCACCCUUCUGCCUGUAACAGGAUUCUCUGUGGGACAGCCAGAGAUGGUCCCCCAAAGUGAGCCCAGGGAAGGAUCCCAUAAUGUCCAGGAGCAGAUGUCCUCUUCUAGGGAAGAGAGAGCACUAGGGGUGUGCUCAGGUAGGUAACAGGAACCAUGGAGAGGCUCAGGGAGGAGUCUGCCUGCUUUCCUCCUGCCCUCCCUACCUUCGUCCCUUCGUCCCUUCUUCCCUCCCUCCUUCCUCCCUCCCUCCCACCCUCCCUUCCUUCCUUCCCUUCAUCAAAUAUUUAUUGAGCACCUACUAUGUGCGGGAUGCUAUUCUAAACAUUUGGAAUACUUCAGUGACCAAAUAGCCAAAGAUCCCUACCUGCAAGAACUUAAUCCUAAUGAGUGCAGCGAGUCAGCAAACAAUAACACCAGUGGGGCCCUUUGGCCAUCUGUGAUGUCUCCAGAGUCCUUGAGGUAUCCUAUUCUCUGCCAGGGCACAAGGCCCCCACAGCGGAGGAAGGUGCCCGCACAGAACAAGCCGAGGCUCCCUGCAGAGGCCAGGCGUGCACAGCACAGAAGGCUCAGCCUGUGGGCGCCUGCCCAGGAGACGAGUGGAUGAUUCGGAAGGUGAAGGUGGAGGAUGAGGAUCAGGAGGCAGAAGAGGAGGUCGAAUGGCCCCAGCAUCUAUCGUUACUUCCCAGCCCCUUUCCUGCGCCUGACCUGGGGCAUCUGGCUGCCGCUUACAAACUGGAGCCAGGGGCCCCGGGGGCACUGAGUGGGCUUGCGCUGUCCGGGUGGGCUCCGAUGCCCGAGAAGCCCUACGGCUGUGGGGAGUGUGAGCGGCGCUUCCGGGAUCAGCUGACGUUGCGACUGCACCAGCGGCUGCACCGGGGCGAGGGUCCCUGCGCCUGCCCGGACUGCGGCCGCAGCUUCACGCAGCGCGCCCACAUGCUGCUGCAUCAGCGCAGCCACCGCGGGGAGCGGCCUUUCCCGUGCUCCGAGUGCGACAAGCGCUUCAGCAAGAAGGCCCACCUGACCCGCCACCUGCGCACGCACACGGGCGAGCGGCCCUACCCGUGCGCGGAGUGCGGCAAGCGCUUCAGCCAGAAGAUCCACCUGGGCUCGCACCAGAAGACCCACACUGGCGAGCGGCCCUUCCCCUGCACAGAAUGCGAGAAGCGCUUUCGCAAGAAGACGCACUUGAUUCGGCACCAGCGCAUCCACACUGGCGAGAGACCCUACCAGUGCGCGCAGUGCGCACGCAGCUUCACGCAUAAGCAGCACUUGGUGCGGCACCAAAGGGUGCACGAGGCGGCCGGCCCGGCCAGGCCCUCUCCCGACGCGUCCGCUUCUCCUCAUUCCACUGCCCCGUCCCCCACCCCACCCCCUCCCGGGCCAAAGCCUUUCGCCUGCUCCGACUGCGGCUUGAGCUUCGGCUGGAAAAAGAACCUCGCCACGCACCAGUGUCUGCACCGCAGCGAGGGUCGCCCCUACGGGUGCAACGAGUGCGCACUGGGCGCCACCGUGGAUCCCCCCGCCGCCGAGCCCCUGGCCAGCGCGCCUGGCGGACCGGGCUGCGGCCCAGGAUCCGAUCCUGUGGCGCCCCAGCGCGCCCCCUCGGGCGAGCGGUCCUUUUUCUGCCCGGACUGCGGGCGCGGCUUCGCCCAUGGGCAGCACCUGGCGCGGCACCGGCGCGUGCACACGGGCGAACGGCCCUUCGCCUGCACGCAGUGUGACCGCCGCUUCGGCUCGCGGCCCAAUCUGGUCGCCCACUCCAGGGCCCACAGCGGCGCCAGGCCUUUCGCCUGCGCUCAGUGCGGCCGCCGCUUCAGCCGCAAGUCGCACCUGGGCCGCCACCAGGCGGUGCACACGGGCAGCCGCCCCCACGCCUGCGCCGUCUGCGCCCGCAGCUUCAGCUCCAAAACCAACCUAGUCCGCCACCAGGCGAUCCACACAGGCUCCCGCCCCUUCUCCUGCCCACAGUGCGGAAAGAGCUUCAGUCGCAAGACCCACCUGGUGCGGCACCAGCUCAUUCACGGCGAAGCCGCUCAUGCAGCCCCGGACGCCGCCCUCGCGGCCCCAGCCUGGUCCCCUCCCCCAGAGGUGGCGCCGCCCCCGCUCUUUUUUUGAGCCUAGUUCUCACCAGGACCCUUUCUUGCCUACAGUUUCGAGAGGCCCGUGCCAUGAGACCGCCUGGCGUGAGCACGGUGGCCUGGGCAGCUGUCCGAAGAUUUGGCCUCCGCGGGACCCCUGUUUCCUUCCCGCAGUGUCUGCGUCCGCACAGGAUACCCAGCUUGGACCUCCUAGGAGAGAAAUGCGAGCGAACCCUUGCUGGGAACAGUUGAGGCUGAAGUUCUUGGAAGGCUCCCACCCAGGUGCCCCGCUGGAAAGCAGAUAUUUCCUGGACCCAGCGCGGCCUCAACCAGGGCGGGAAAAGAGUGAUUAUUUAAGUACUUAAAGUUUCAUUAAAAUUAAAAUCAGAAAGUUCUGGAGCUGUUAAAUGAGUUGGGGGAGGGAACCCUGACUCUCCUUAGCCACUGUCCCAACUCCAUCCACGCGCAGACCACCCCUCUCCACUUGCCCUUCUGUCCUGGGUGAGUUACGUUUAGCUAGCUGCUGUUAAUUGGUUCUCCCAAAUCAAAAUGUAAUAUAUUUAUUCAC